CUCUACGCUAGAAGUAACCCAAUGGCACAGAAUGAAGAAUCCAUCAAGUCACAAACCAAAUCUCCGAAUUCCCAUUUACCUUGCGUCACAUGUCCAGACAACUCAAUUUCUUCUUUCGACCUCCUCAAUUCCUACCGCUCCGCUGCCAUCUUUUUGAAAGCCGCUGCCGAUAGUCAGAAUCCGCGUAAAUCGAUGACCCUUCCAACUGUAAGCCCACUUCCGACCUCUACUAUUAAACAACGAUGCCCGUCGCCACCUGAUGGGGACAGUGCCUCCUCAGCCGCUGCUGCUGCCGCCUCUCUUAUCUCUCGACCUCCCUGCCAACACUCUCCGACAACUAGUUCCAAGAUCCAAGCUGCUUUUGUGAUGGCUAUGGCUGCAUCCUCUCCACCAUCAACGUGUCCUAGUUCCUCAUCCUCUGGUCACCAAGGUGAACACGGGGCCAACGAUUUUCGUUCGGACACUCAGUCGUCUCUUGGAGCACUUUUUCGUCCACCUCCCUCUACCGCCUACGAAACUGUGGAUAGCGGAGGUAAUGGUGCCGGUGACGUGGGCUUCCCACCUCCCGGUUCGGGUGCUCUUCCGUCUUUCGUCCCCUUCACAAACAGCUCGGGUGCCUCACCAGAUAUCUCGGCUUCCACCUGCCUUACUAAUGCCAUGCUUCUUCCCGCCAGCAUUGUCAACGUUCUUGGUCAACAGAUGCAAAGCAAUCAAUACCAUCAACCACAGUCACCAGCGUACCUCUCGACAAUUAACACCAAUUCAGGAGGUGGUUUUCCACAGCAACCGCAACAACAACAAGGCGGCCCACAGGGUGGCAGUGGAGCAGGAGGUACUAGUAGUGAAGCGCAAGGACCGUCGUCGCUAUUUCGAUCAGUUGCUGGUGCGAUCCCGCCACCUCAGCCUCCCCCAGUUCCUUCUGUUGCUGGUACCACCGACAACAGUCGGUAUAGCGCGCCGGGUCGUUCCGUCUCCACUACUCUUCACGAGGACACUAACAACAAGCGCGAACAGCGGUUACUGAAGAACAGGUGA